UGUCCCCUCCUGUCCCCAAACCGGUUCCAGCCCCUCCCUUUUUGCCACCUCCGCCCUCCUUUAAAAGUCCCCAACUUGUCCCCAAGUGUCGCCAGGUGCCACCAUGGCCGCGCUGCUGCUGCUGCUGCUGGCGCUGCUGGCGCUGUCGCUGCUGUCGCUGCUGUCGCGACAGCGCUCGGUGGCCUCGCGACUCCCGCCGGGCCCGACCCCGCUGCCGCUGCUCGGGAACCUGCUGCAGGUGUCGCCGUUCCGGACCCUGCAGUCCCUGCUCAGUGAUCGCUAUGGGCCGGUGUUCACGGUGUGGCUGGGCCCCCGGCCCGUGCUGGUUCUGCGCGGUCCCAGCGCCGUGCGCGAGGCGCUCGUGGGGAACCCCGAGGCGUUCGCGGGCGCGGCCGGUGCCACCCUGGAGAGCACCUUCAGGGGAUAUGGUGUGGUGUUCUCCGACGGCGAGCGCUGGCGCCAGCUGCGCCGUUUCUCGCUGACGGUGCUCCGGGAUUUCGGGAUGGGGCGCCGCAGCAUCGAGAGCCGGAUCCAGGAGGAGGCGCAGGAGCUUGUCCGCGAGGUCCAGAAAACCCAGGGGAAGCCGUUCGACCCCACGUUCCUGCUGAGCUGCGCCGUGUCCAACAUCAUCUGUUCCAUCGUGUUCGGGGAUCGAUUCCACUACGAGGAUCCCGAAUUCCUGGAGCUGCUGCGGCUCAUGAACGACAGCUUCAGGGAGAUGAGCACGGCCUGGGCACAGCUGUACGACAUGGCCGAGCCGCUGCUGCAGUGGCUGCCGGGCCCGCACCGGCGCAUCCCGCGCCUCCUGGGCCUCAUGCGAUUCAUCGCGCGCCGCCGCGUGCGCGACAACGCGCGGAGCCUCGACCCGCGCAGCCCCCGCGACUUCAUCGACGCCUUCCUCAUCCAGAUGGACAAGGAGAAGGACGAUCCCCACACCGAGUUCACCAUGGAGAACCUGGAGCUCACCACCCUGAACCUUUUCUUCGCCGGCACCGAGACCGUGAGCUCCACGCUGCGCUUCGGCCUCCUCUACCUCAUGAAGCACCCGCACGUGGAAGAGAAGGUUUUUGAGGAGAUUUCCCGGGUUAUCGGCCCCGACCGUGCUCCGGCCCUCGCUGACCGCGCGCUGAUGCCGUUCACGGACGCCACGAUCCACGAGAUCCAGCGCUGCAGCGACCUCAUCCCCAUGAACGUCCCGCACCGCGUCACCCGGGACACGGAAUUCCGGGGGUACACCAUCCCCAAGGGCACAGACGUUUACCCCCUGCUGAGCUCGGUGCUGCACGACCCCGGAUCCUUCAAGAACCCCCAAAAGUUCGACCCCGGAAACUUCCUGGACGAGCAGGGGCGGUUCCAGCGCAACGAGGCCUUUACCCAUUUCCCUUUCCCUUCCGGGAAGCGGCUGUGCCUGGGUGAAUCCCUGGCCCGCUCGGAGCUGUUCCUGUUCCUCACCUCGCUCCUGCAGCGGCCCUCCGGCCGCAGCCGCUGGGGCCGCCCCCGCGCCGUGAGCACGGCCCCGCUGGAGAGCGGCUUCGGCAACAUCGCCCCGCGGUACGAGCUGCGCAUGGUGCCGCGAUAGAGACCCCAGACCCAAUUCACAGAGACCCCCCAGACCCAAAUUAACCAUCCCAACAUCGCCCCGCGGUACGAGCUGCGCAUGGUGCCGAGAUAGAGACCCCAGACCCAAUUCAGAGAGACCCCAGACCCAAUUGACACAG